CAGAUCAACUUCAUAUUUCUUUACAAAUCAACUUCUUUUAUCACAUCAUCUUCACUAGUUAAUCUUCCAAGUUUAGUUCUUCAAAUUCAAUAGGAAAACACUAUAUAUCAUGGGUGUAAUCACAUGCACAUUGGCCGACUUCACCAGCACGGUUGCCCCGGCCCGAUUGUUCCAAGCUUGUUGUAUUGACAACCAUAACUUCUUGCCCAAGGUUGUGCCUCACUUUGUUAAAUCUAUGGAACUCGUUGAAGGUGACUCCACUGCUGUUGGAUGCGUCAAACAGAUCAAUUUCCCCGAUGAGGCACCAUUCAAAUAUGUGAAGAAUAGAGUGGAUGAGAUUGAUGCUAGUAAGUUCUACCUCAAAUAUACAAGCAUUGCAGGAGAUGUUUUUCCUGACAUAGUGGAGUCUGCUGUGUAUGAAAACAAAUAUGAGCCUUCCGGCGCCGGAACUCACUAUACGAUGGUGGCACACUAUCACCUGAAGGGAGAUAAUGUGAUGAAGGAAGGGGAGGUUGAAAGUGCGAAAGAAGGCAUACUUAAGAUGUUUAAGGCUGUGGAAGAACAUCUCAUUGCCAACCCUCAAGUUUAUGCUUGAACUACUAUAUCCAAUUAAGUUCAAUGAGUGAAACUUGAUUAAGUUUUUCGAGUAUUUCAUGUGAAAUAAUUAUGUUUAAAUAUGAGAAUGUCUUAUGUGUGUGGUAGUGUUAUACUUCUUAUAUUCUACUUUUUCUUUUUCCUCAUUUGAAAAUAAUGACGAAGUGAUCUUAAAUCAUGCUUGCUGAGAUGUGAAGUAGUAAGAUAUGUUAAUUUUCGUCACAUAUUUGAUAUUGUAUCUGUUUUUUUAGUUGCAACACUUUCUUAUAUUGGAUAUUCUCAAAUAAUGUAACAUAUCUUUUUUGGGUA